AUAUUCCUGUCUGGUUCCAAAAAAAGAGAAAGAAAAAGAAAAAGAAAAAGAAAAGGAAAAAGAAAAAGAAAAAGAAAAAGAAAAAGAAAAAGAAAAAGAAAAAGAAAAAGAAAAAGAAAAAGAAAAAGAAAAAGAAAAAGAAAAAGAAAAAGAAAAAGAAAAAGAAAAAGAAAAAGACUAGAAAAGAAAAAGAAAAAGACUAGAAAAGAAAAAAGGGAGAGGAAGAGGGAGACGGAAAGGGAAAGGGAAAGGGAAAGGGAAAGGGAAAGGGAAAGGGAAAGGGAAAGGGAAAGGGAAAAGUGAAGGGAAGAGGAGGGGAAGGAGGGGGGAAGGGUAGGGGAAGGAGAGGGGAAAGGGAAAGGGAAAGGGAAAGGGAAAAGGAAAAGGAAAAGGAAAAGGAAAAGGAAAAGGAAAAGGAAAAGGAAAAGGAAAAGGAAAAGGAAAAGGAAGAAUGAAAACCAAAACAUUAGUAGCCACCCAAGAAUCACAUUGCCAGUCUUCCUAACACAGGCACUGCUCUCUUUGAGGAAAAAUUUUAAGGAUUUAAUUCUGCAUAAUAAUAGCUAAAGUAGAACACAGUAUGAUUCUCAAAAGUCUUAUUCUGAUUCUUGGAACUGUGAAAAGACAAAAAAAUCCUAACAGAGAACAAAGUAUAAUAUUGAAGUGUGGAGAUAUUAAUAUACUCUCUA